CACACACUCCACUCGUGGAGUCCUUUUAUAUUUUUCUGUUACGCUACCGUGAAGACUUCACUAAACAAACACACCAAGAAAAGACUGUCCAGAGUCCGCCUCAGUUUCCUGACUGCGUGACGUCAGGCCGAAGGGAAAAGAGGGGGCACUGAGAUCCCCUCACUAUCUGAUGUGGGUGAGAGGCUGAGGCUGCUUCUGCACCACCCCCUCCAUUUCCCCACAGUCAACAGGAAGACUGGAGGCCAGAGAGAGCAGCCACACUCUGCAGGAGAGGAAAGGCUCAGAGGUCCGGCUUCACAGUAGGAACAGAGGGGAACAACACGGCCAAAGGAAUGAGCAUGAAUCAGAAAGAGGUGAAGAAAAUCCAGACGGUUUAUCUGCAGAACUUGGAAAAGCUAAACCAGGGGAUAAAGCCGGAGAAAAACAACAACUGGAAGCCUAAGGAAGCAGACUUCGCUGUGCAAACAGCAAUGGACAAGCUGCGGCAGCCUCCUUUAGCCGGACAAGUGGCCAAGAGCUCGGCUCACCGGAUCAGCAGGGAUCUGACCUGCUCCAUCUGCUUGGAUCUCUUCAAGCAGCCCGUGUCCCUGCCCUGCGAUCACACCUUCUGCCGAGCUUGCAUCGAGGGCUACUGGACUGGGCCCCGGGGCCCCGGGCAAGGAGGCACGGGCCCCUGCCCCCAGUGCAGGAAGGUGUACCCCGGACAGAGUUACAGGCCCAACCGCAUUGUUGCCAACAUAGUGGAGAGCUACUGCCAGGGUCUGGAGGAGAGCGGGACCGGAGCCUGCCUGCCAGAUGUUGGGCCGGCGGAGAGGGCUCCUGCUCCGAUUCCACGCUGCAGCCGACACCGGGAGGAGCUGAAGAUGUACUGCGAGGAGGACCAGGAGCUGGUGUGUUUGGUGUGUGGACUCUCCCAGGAGCACAGGAAUCACACCAUGGUGUGCGUGCAGGAGGCUGAGCAGAAGUACCGGGCAUCUCUGAACAGCUCGAUGGACUCCUUAAAAGCUGAGCUCAACACGGCGCUGCAGUACGACAGGGAAGCCGAGGACGAGGUGAAAAAGCUCAAGGAGCACACGGCCGACCUGAAGCAGCGCAUCGAGGCCCAGUUCAGCGACCUGCACCAGUUCCUGUACCAGGAGGAGAAGCUGCUGCAGGUGAAGCUGAAGACGGAGGAGAGGCGGGAGCUGAUUCGCCUGGACGAGCACAAGGCCCUGCUGUGCGUGGAGAUCUCCCGCCUGCAGAGGGCCGUCCACGAGAUCGAGGACAAGCUGAAAGAGCAGGACUCGUUCACCCUCCUCCGGAGCAUCAAAGCGCUUCUGCAGAGGCCUUCGCUGAAGUUCGAGAAGCCCGUGUUUACACCGCCCAGCCUGUGUGAGGGACGGUUUGCAGGACCCCUGCAGUACAGAGUGUGGAAAUCCAUGAAAGGAAGCAUAUAUCCAGCUCCAGCAGCCAUCACAUUUAACUCUAGCACGGCCAACCCUUGGCUCAGCCUGACCUCCUCCCUCACGUGUGUUCGCUACCAGACCUUUAACCACACCGUGCAGGACAACCCCUACAGGUUCAACGCUGCCCUGUCGCUGCUGGGAAGCCAGGGCUUCACCCACGGGCGCCACUACUGGGAGAUUGAAGUCUACAGCAGCACGGUCUGGACUGUAGGGGUGGCGCGGGAGUCGGUGCCCAGAAAGGGAGUCAUCAAAGCCCUACCAGCUAACGGCUUCUGGACUCUCUCCCUCUCUUACGGGAUCCAGUACAUGGCAGGUACUUCCCCUCCAACCGUCCUGUCCCUGGAAGAGCCACUAGCCAGGAUCGGUGUGUACCUGGACUACAAGAGGGGCCUGGUGUCCUUUUACAAUGCAGAGAGCAUGACACACCUCUACACCUUCAGGGAGACCUUCACCGAGACACUGUACCCGUACUUCAACCUUGGCUUCCUCGAUAAAGUGCAUGAAAAUGAGCCUCUCAAAGUUUUCUUACCAAAGAUUUAAGACCUGGGAGAAAAAAAAGUGAAUGAGGAGUUCAAAUGUUACCACAAAGUAACUAAACGAGCAUAAAGUGAAGUAUCCUUUUGUACAGAAUUAGGUGCAACAGUGCAUCUGUGAUUGUGUGAUGCACACUGAAUAUUGCUUUCACAUAUCCAAUAGAAACACUCAAGCAACAUUUAUGUUUUUAACUUUUUUUUUUUUUAAGUGUGUAGACUGGAUCUACUGCCACACAUUUCAUAUCAGAGAAGCUGCGCUUCAGUGAAGAAUGUGAAACUGACUGCAGUCAGAUUAAAGCAAUACGUUGUUAUUUUUUACAGUUCAAUAAUGUUUUUUUUCGUGCAUGAUUCACUAAUAGAUUCAGUUAAACAUUUUUUUUUUGCUCUUUUUCUACAUAGCAUUGAAAACAUGAUGUUUUGUGUUGUAUUGUUCUAAUGAUGUGGUGCAUUCAGGGACCAUGAAGAAAAAAAAUGUUUUUAUAUCAUUUCCAGUUGAAAAAAACAUGCAAAUAAAUAAAUAAAUAAAUAAUAAAAUGAA